ACUUGUUGUUCUAAAGUAUCCUCUCCUUUCCCAAUCACAAUCCCGUACUUUCUCUCCUCUGCCGACUAAUUAAGGGCUAAAAUCCGGUCCCCGCUCCCUCUUCCUCCUUGGCGUGCCCUCUACGUGUCCUACUUUGAGCCGACUUUCUCCCCCCUCCUUCCAGAGAGCGUUAUAAAAAAACGGGGAGAGAGAACGAGAGAGGCCAGAAAGCGGGGAGAGAGAGAGAGAGAAAGACGGAGAAGGAAAAUAAUGGACUCUCUCCUUCUGACGAACGCCCUCCUCCCCUCUUGCUUCUUGGGUUCGGUCACCUCCCUUCCCCUCCUCAGCGGACGAAUUGUUCCGGCCCCUCGCCCCGCCGCCUCACGGAGAACCCUCAGAUUAGGUUUCGCGGCUUCCAGCAGGGCGUCCGCCAUGGCCAGGAACGGGCCCUUGAUGACCAAUUCCAUGUCGCAAAGUGAUGGCGUUUAUACAGUUGGGGAUUUUAUGACUAAAAAGGAAGAUCUAUAUGUUGUAAAGCCCACAACUUCGGUUGAUGAAGCACUCGAGAUGCUAGUGGAGCAUAGGAUCACGGGCUUUCCUGUGAUUGAUGAUGACUGGACAUUGGUAGGUGUAGUUUCAGACUAUGAUUUGUUAGCACUGGACUCCAUAUCAGGGAGCGGACGGAACGAUACAAGCAUGUUUCCUGAGGUUGACAGUACAUGGAAACAACAGAAUGAGGAAAAGAAAAGUAUGUGGUUCAUGAGAAAAAUUAGCUUGCUUAGCAAUAGGCUUUUCCAAUUUCUAACAUUCAAUGAGAUCCAGAAACUGUUAAGUAAAAUUAAUGGUAAAGUCAUUGGUGAUGUGAUGACACCUGCUCCCCUUGUGGUUCGUGAAACAACAAACCUUGAAGAUGCCGCAAGGUUAUUACUUGAAACAAAGUACCGCAGGCUUCCUGUUGUUGAUAAUGCUGGUAAAUUGGUUGGUAUUAUUACAAGGGGAAACGUCGUGAGAGCAGCACUCCAAAUAAAACAUGAUAGUGAAAAGAACUCUCGGCUAUAAGAUGGGAAGGCAGUCACUAUCAGCAGGUCACAGCUACUGCUUUAUUCAUCCCAAUGCAUUCUAAGAUUUUGGGAAAUUCAUUGCAAGCAUGCGAUACAGAGGAAUCGUGCUAUCCCCACUUCUUAAUUUAUAGCAUGACUUUGGUUUUCUAGUGUAUAUGAUUGACUACAUACUCGUUUCUCCUUUUUUUUUUUUGGAAGAUGCCAAUGUUACGAAAUGAGGUACUCAGACUUCUUUGCAAUAAACAUUGUUUAAAAGCCACAAGUGAGAAGCAAUUUUCAGUUGUGCGAUUUUCUGUGCUAAA